AAUAAAAUGUGGGGAUAGCUCGCGCUGCUGUGACGUCACGUCACCGGAAGGUCUCAGGCGAGGGUGGCGGAGUUCGGCCAGGUGGGCUAGCUAGGUUCCCGCGGGGCCGGCGGAGCGGAGGCCCCUUUUUGCGGCCGCCGCCCUCCCUCAAGUCCGCGGAGCUUAGAGAGGCCUUGAGCUGGGUCCGCGGACUCGGUGGCAUCGACCCGGCCCUCGACGCCCUUGGGGACAGGAGGGCGCUCCUUUGCUUGGUCUCAGGCGGCGGCCGGAGCAGCUCUGCCUGUUGGAUCUCCCUUCCUGCCUCCCCGGUGACGGACGGAAAGUUCUCUUGGAAUUCUGAUUCACCGAGUGACCUUGAGCUCAGGGCGACGCCUACCUUGUAGUUUGUGGCUACGCUCGACUAUUCAGGAACUUUGUGAGAAUUUCAGUAUAUGGAAACACUGCCCUUGUUCCCACCGGUGUCUAUCCAAAGGUCUCACUAUAAUACCAGGACCAAAGCAUUGCAUGUCAGUCAGUCAGCCAGCCACAUACUUAAUGACUUCUAAAAUCUCAUGGACUUCUAAAGAGGCACCAUGGCCUGUGCUGCUGUCAUGAUUCCUGGGUUGUUGCGAAGCUCUGUUGGAACCGUCCGCUCUCUGGCUGCUUCGCUGAAACCGACAGCCAGCACUUUGCGCCACCUUACUAUAACAAGCAUAAUGAAAUCCAAAAGGAAAACUGAUCACUUGGAGAGAACUGCCAAUGUCGUUCGUCGGGAGGUCCUGUCGGCUGCUAAGGUGUGCGGGGCUGCUGCUGAGUCGCCGUCUGUGAAGAGGCUCCGCCUGCUUGUUGCUGAUAAAGACUUUUCUUUCAAAGCUGGCCAGUGGAUUGAUUUCUUUAUCCCAGGAGUCUCUGUGGUUGGUGGGUUCUCAAUAUGCUCCAGCCCCAGACUGCUAGAACAAGAGAGAAUGAUAGAAUUGGCAGUGAAAUAUACGAACCACCCUCCUGCUCUCUGGAUUCACAAUCAGUGUACCCUUGAUGCCAAAGUGGCCGUGAGAGUGGGUGGAGAGUUCUUCUUUGACCCGCAGCCUGCAGACGCCACUAGAAACCUCGUGUUGAUUGCAGGAGGAGUGGGAAUUAACCCUCUGCUGUCCAUCCUGCGGCACGCGGCUGACCUCCACCGAGAGCGGGCAGACAAAGGAAGCGGCUACGAGAUGGGGACAGUAAAGCUAUUCUACAGCGCACAAAAUACCAGUGAGCUCCUGUUUAAGAAAAAUAUCCUCGAUUUAGUAAAUGAAUUUCCUGAGAAGAUUGCAUGCAGUUUGCAUGUUACAAAACAGACAACACAAAUCAGUGCAGAACUCAAGCCAUACAUCACGGAAGGAAGAAUAACGGAGAAGGACAUAAGAGAUCAUAUUUCAGAAGAGACUUUGUUCUAUAUUUGUGGCCCACCUCCAAUGACAGACUUUUUCUCCAAGCAACUGGAAAACAGCCAUGUUCCCAAAGAACACAUUUGCUUUGAGAAGUGGUGGUAGGGAGCAGGCAAAGGUAGAAAAGAGAAAGCUGUGAAAUCUACUCAGGACAGCAACAGAGACGUGAUUUGUGGCACGAUGGAUUUACCUCAACUCAGCUUUCUUUCUUUUUUUUUUUAAGGCUGAACUAAGUGACCAGCUGGGGCCUAAAAGAAAAACUAGCUGACGGACUCAGAAGAUAUAUUUUUUACAAAGACUUCAUUGAUUAAAUUAUUUUUACUAUAUUGAUUUUCUUUUAUUAAUAACUGUUUGAUUAUCUCAUGAUAUAUCUUGAAUUGGUCAAUAUAGAUUUCCUUUCCUCUUAGGGAAAAUAGAGACAUAGACUUAAAUCUAAUCAUGUAAAAAUGCCGUUUUGUGUGUAAAAUGUAAGCUAUCUUUAUUUGAUAGCAACCUUUAUAUCUUAUGCUCAAUAAACUUUUAAACACGUUCCUAAUAAUUUUACUUUGAAAA